CCGAAUAUUGCAAACUCCCGAAAUCCUAACGUACAUACAUACAUUCACACGUUUAACGGCAGAUUUUCCAGCUUGUAGCGUGACCUGUAGCUUCUGUAUGUUUUUGCCCAAGCCCAAAAGGCGUUCUCCUAUCUCAGGAUGUUGCCCGUAAAAGCCAAGACGUUGGCUUCCUGUGGAGGAAACGAUCAAAGAAUGGACAAAAGUCGGUCCAGACGCCGCGUUCCCAGCACUUGUUGAGCGCAGGUCACCCAGCAACAAGAAAGUCGUUGCGUUCGCUUGAAGGUGAUGUUCUUGCUCCCGUUGCCGCAGGUGCUGUUUGUCCCCUGAUGGAUGCUUGGCAGACAAAACCCAAAUCUGGCCUCCGUAGGAAUAUCUCAGAAGAAGUUUGUCUUCUCGAAUGGCAAAGUGGCGUGUAGGCGUGCGGCGUUCGUCAUGUCCAACGACAGCUGCGGCCUCCCCUUGGAGACGGACGUCCCGGGCUUGACUUGCAUCUACGGCCUGGUCUUCGCCGUGGGCCUGCCCUGCAAUCUGCUGUCGCUCUGGGGCCUGUACCACCUGGGUCGCUCGGGUAGCGGCGGAUGCCAGCGAGUCUACAUCCUCAACCUGCUUCUGUCCGACCUCCUGCAGCUGCUCACCCUGCCCCUGUGGAUCCUGUACCUGCAGGGCAGCCACCGCUGGCCCUACGGUCAGCUGACCUGCGAGCUGGUGGGCUACGUGUUCUACGUCAACGUCUACGCCAGCGUCAUGUUCCUGUGCCUAAUAGCGCUGGACCGCUGCCUGGCCAUCGUGUUCCCGCUGAGCAGCCGCAGGGUUAGGACGGUCCGGGUGGCCGCAGUGUCGGGCUUGGCGGUGUGGACGCUCACGUUCCUCUUCUGCCUUUCUGGACUCUUGCCAUCCGUUUUUGACUCGGAGCGGCGACUGUGUCUGGAGCAGUAUCCUGUCAGCCCCCGUUAUGCCCACUUCAAAAUCACCACUGUGGCUCUGGGCUUCCUGUUGCCGUGCGCCAUACUCGGCUACACGUCAGCCCACAUCUGGGUCACCCUGCGCCACUCUCCCUCCCUGUCGGCCCACGAGCGUCGCAAGAUCGUCGGCGUCCUGGUGGUCAUUACGGUCAACUUCAUCGUAGUGUUCGGACCGUACCACUUGGUAGGCGGCUACAGAUUUGCGUCCUUGCUGCAGGCCGACGAGCCGUGCGCGCUGGAGCGCUCCAUCUUCUUGCUCUACCGCCUGUGCUACGGGCUGACCAGCCUCAACACCAUGCUCGAUCCCCUCUUCUACAUUUUCCUGUGCGCUGACGCGCGGCUGGAGCUGAGAAGGUCGCUGCCUUGCUCCGGGCGAGGCCAAAACGCUGGCAAAGUGACAGCUGGGAGCAGCAGAGCUCAUCCGGAUCCAGACAAGGAAAGUGGACAAAAUAAUCUGCUUGUUGCCUGAAGGCUUUCUUUGCCAGAUUCCAAAGACCCCUUUGAAA